ACGAAUUUUCAUUGAAAAUUCCAAAUAGUUGAUGGUGUUAUGGCUCAAAGUGUCCUAGGACGAUUGUUAAAAUGUUCGCUGAGCAGCGCUGCAAAGCCAGCGUAUGCUCACAAUUUGUUUGGAACACCACUGCAGAAACGUGCCCUUAGCUUAGGGGUUGUUCCAGCCAAAUCAAUUGUUGUACGUAACCAUGCGGCGCCAAUAUUGGCAUGUAAUCGUACCAACACCACAGAUGCAUCAAAAAAGCCAGCAAGUCCAGAAAUUUUGUCCAAACUAUUUCCACAAACUGCUGCCAAUGUUGAUGAGGAAACGGAGAAAGAACGUAAACGUAAAGAGGAAGAAGAGGCUAAGGAAAACGAAAAGGCAUUUAAACGUAUGAAAGUUGGUUUUGCUGUAUUCGCUGGUGCAGGUGGUGCAUUGCUUGUUUGGUCUAUUUAUGAAUUCGGCAAACCCGAGGUCGAUGCUGAUGGUAAUAUCAUUGAAGAUGAAUUCAUUAAACUGCCAGCUGUUGAGCAAUACCUGAAGCGUAUGUGGAAAUCAAUGCAUUAUUAUCAGAAAAUGAUCCAGGAACCAUCAAGAGAAAAACUAUUACCCGAUCCGUUAAAACCUCCAUAUAUCCAACCACCAUAUACAUUGGUUUUAGAAAUGAAAGAUGUCCUGGUACAUCCCGACUGGACAUAUCAAACUGGUUGGCGGUUUAAGAAACGCCCUGGUGUUGAUGUCUUCCUACAGGAAUGUGCAAAACAUUUUGAAAUUGUUGUUUUCACUGCCGAACAGGGUAUGACUGUAUUCCCCAUUUUGGAUGCAUUGGAUCCUAAUGGUUAUAUUAUGUAUCGUUUGGUUCGUGAUGCUACACAUUUCAUUGAUGGACAUCAUGUUAAGAAUUUGGAUAAUUUAAAUCGUGAUUUGAGAAAGGUAAUUGUUGUUGACUGGGAUCCCAACUCCACAAAAAUGCAUCCAGAUAAUACAUUUAACAUUGCCAGAUGGAUGGGUAAUGACGAUGAUUCGCAAUUAUUUGAUUUGAUUAGUUUCUUAAAGACCAUUGCCACAACUGAAGUUGAAGAUGUUCGUGAUGUUUUACACUAUUAUCGUCAAUUCGAUGAUCCCAUUAUGAAAUUCCGUGAAAAUCAACAAAAACUAAUGGAACAAAUGCAAGAACGUGAACGUAUGGAACAGGCCAAAUCGAAGCCAAUCGUUAAAAAUUGGUCAAGGAAUUUCUUGGGUCGUUAAAAGGAACAAAUUGUAAACUUUUGUUAUUAUUUAAAG